CAGGCAGCCGCAGCCGCAGCAUCAUCGGUAGCGAGCACACAGUCGCGCGGGGCUGUCAAAAGGACGCCGACGCUCUCACAUAUUCGUAAACUCGACCACUGCAAUCAAGAUUGACCAGAAGAUAGCUCUGUUUGCUUCAACUACGUUUUUCUUUCUGGUUCCCGAAGGCUUACGCGUCUGAAGGGAUGUCUGUCUUACGUUGCCGUUUUUUGACUGGGAAUUUACUCGUUUGGUGAAUUUGUAUCCAUAACAACUGACAACGAUAGUAGCUUGUUCCUUGCCUUCAUCAUCGAGAAGUAUUGUUGGUGUUUUUGAGGAUUAGGUGGAUAUUGAAUUGUGCACCUGUGCCAUGAUUGCGCUGGUUCUUAAAAUUAGAAGAAUGUUUGAGUUGGAGAGAUUUUGACAAGGAGACCGCUCUGCAACGGAACUCGUCUCGUUCCUGUCUGUGGUGCAAUCUCAACUGGACCCUUGGAAUUAUUUUACCUGAGCUCUGAAAUAUUUCUAAAUUUGCGGUCAUACCCCGCAUACAACCGAGAGGACAAGCUUGUCCACUGCGGGUGAACCCCCUAUUAACGGCUGCGGCAGGUUACCAUCCGGACUAUUUUGAUUGGCUUCGCUGUCAGUCUCCGGCGGGCGGUUGACCACCACGGACAACCCCGAAGUUACGAUGUCUAAUCUGUGAAAGUCAGGUGGUGUCUCAUUCGGUCGUCUGAUGGCUCCGUCCCGGAAAGACUGCAGAUGGGAGAUGAUCCUCCCGACGGGAUGUCUGCUCCUAUCCAUUUUGGUAUUUACACCUGCGCUGGCCAAGGUCUGUAAUGACUAUUCGAGACACGGCCAGGACAACACCUGGUUCUCGAGGGACGGAGAGAACCUGCCCAUCAUGGUGCUCAUGCCGAUGAACGAGUCAGCCCUCAUGAGCAGCAUCAGUCAGGGCAUCGAGCCUGCUGUCCAGCUGGCCAUCAAGCACAUACGAGAGUCUGGGAAGUACUCGUUCUCACUCAUCACAACAAUCUACGACACCGAGUGUGACAACGCUAAGGGUUUGCGAGCGUUCUUCGACGCCAUUUGCUACGGUCCCAAACACUUGAUGAUCUUCGGAGGGGUGUGUCCGUCUGUCACGUCCAUCAUCGCUGAGUCUCUGGAGGGCUGGAACCUGGUGCAGCUGUCGUUCGCGGCGACGACUCCAGUUCUGGCCGACAAGAAGAAAUACCCCAACUUCUUCCGGACAGUUCCGUCAGACAACGCCGUGAACCCAGCAGUGGUGAAGUUCCUAAACUUCUACAACUGGAGCCGCGUGGGGACCCUGACCCAGGACGUGCAGCGCUUCUCAGAGGUAAGGAAUGACCUGACCAACGAGCUAGAGAAAGCGGACAUCCAGAUCGCUGACACAGAGAGUUUUUCGAAUGACCCCUGUAUCAACGUCAAAAAGCUGAAGGACAAUGACGUGAGGAUCAUCAUCGGCCAGUUUGACGAGAACCUGGCCUCCAAGGUCUUCUGCUGUGCCUACAACCUGAACAUGUAUGGCAGUAAGUACCAGUGGAUCAUCCCAGGCUGGUACCAGGGCAACUGGUGGGAGCAGGCUAACUCCACCAACUGCACCACCCGCAAGCUGCUGACUGCCAUGGAGGGCUACAUCAGCGUGGACUUUGAACCACUCAGCGCCAGGCAGGUCAAGGGCAUCUCUGGGAGGACCCCAAAGGAGUACGCCAGCGAGUAUGAGGGGGAGCUGCGUCAGAAGGGGGUGGAGGCCAGCAAGUUCCACGGCUUCGCCUACGACGGGAUCUGGGUGAUCGCCAAGACUCUGACCCGGGUCAUGCAGCUGCUCAGGCACAAGCAGCACCACGACCUCCACCACAACUUCACCGUGGACGACCACGAGGUGGGCAAGAUGGUGCUGGACGUCAUGAAUGAGACCAACUUCUUCGGUGUGACGGGUCAGGUCAUGUUCCGGAACGGCGAGAGGAUGGGCACCAUCAAGUUCACGCAGUUCCAAGAGGGCCAGGAGGUUAAGGUCGGAGAAUACAAUGCCAUUGCAGAUGUACUGGAUCUCAUCAACAAUACUAUCAAGUUCCAAGGUGUGGAACCCCCUAAGGACCGGACGUUCGUGCGCCUGCAGCGGCGUCACAUCAAUGUGCUGCUCUACAGCAUCCUGUCCACCAUCACCAUCCUGGGCAUGCUGAUGGCCGGAACCUUCCUCUUCUUCAACAUCAAGAACCGCAACCACAGACUGAUCAAGAUGUCCAGCCCCUAUAUGAACAACCUGAUCAUCCUAGGGGGACUGCUCUCCUACGCCUCCAUCUUCCUAUUCGGCCUGGACGGCUCCUUUGUCUCCGACAAGGAGUUUGAGACACUCUGCACUGUGCGGACAUGGAUCCUUAUUGUGGGCUACACCACUGCUUUCGGCGCCAUGUUUGCCAAGACCUGGAGGGUGCACGCCAUCUUCAAGAACGUUAAGAUGAAGAAGAAAAUCAUCAAGGAUCAGAAGCUGCUGAUCAUCGUUGGAGGCAUGUUGCUCAUUGACUUGUGCAUACUUAUCUGCUGGCAAAUAGUUGACCCCCUCAAGCGAACAGUGGAGGAGUACAGCCUUGAGGCAGACCCCCAGGGUCGGGACAUCGCCAUCCGGCCCUUCCUGGAGCACUGUGAGAACACACACAUGACCAUCUGGCUGGGCAUCGUCUACGCAUACAAAGGCCUGCUGAUGCUGUUUGGCUGCUUCCUGGCCUGGGAGACGAGGAACGUGAGCAUCCCUGCACUCAACGACAGCAAGUACAUCGGGAUGAGCGUCUACAAUGUGGGCAUCAUGUGCAUCAUUGGCGCUGCCGUGUCCUUCCUGACGCGAGACCAGCCCAACGUCCAGUUCUGCAUCGUGGCCCUCGUCAUCAUCUUCUGCUCCACCAUCACCCUCUGUCUGGUCUUCGUGCCCAAGUUCAUCACCAUGAGGACCAAUCAUGCAGCCACUCAGAACCGAAGGUUGAAGUUCACCCAAAACCAGAAGAAGGAGGACUCCAAGACAUCCACAUCUGUGACCAGCGUGAACCAGGCCAACACCUCUCGCCUCGACGGCCUGCAGACUGACAACCACCGCCUACGUAUGAAGAUCACUGAGCUGGACAAGGAGUUGGAGGAGGUGACCAUGCAGCUGCAGGACACACCGGAGAAGACCCCCUACAUCAAGCAGAACCACUAUCAGGACGCCAACAACAUCCUCAGCAUACGCAACUUUACCGAUGGCAAAGAGGGGGAGAAGUCCGUGCUGAAGAACCACCUGGAACAGAAGCCCCAGGCUCAGUGGGGCUCUGUGGAUCCUUCUAGAAUAAACAGAGGCCCCUUGGAGGAUAUCAACUCCCCAGAACACAUACAGCGCCGCCUCUCCUUGCAGCUGCCCAUCCUACACCACGCCUACCUGCCCUCCAUAGGGGGGGUGGACGCCAGCUGUACCAGCCCCAGUGCCAGCCCCGGCUCCAGCCCGCGCCACAGACACAUGCCCCCCUCCUAUCGGGUCAUGGUCUCCGGCCUGUGAGCGCCCAGCGGCCCUCCCCGCCCGUCUGCACCCGCCGCCACCCUCCCCACACCCCCGACUCCUCCGAGAAGAGGAGGGCAACGGAACACACAUGGUUGUUUUCUUUUUUUUUAAUGUAAAUCGAACAAAUACAGGUUUAAGGCUGAGGUUGUCAGUGCUACUGGAGGAAGUGUGUUGGAUAGAGUCAGUUCUAGAUGAUCCCUCCCCUGCCUCCCUUAGCCCACAUCCUCCUCCAGAGCUGAACUCCUAGGCUCGGGUCCAGUAGAGGGGGGGGAAGGGGAAGGGAAAAGGGGGGGGGGGGAGGUACAGGAGGACCUAUACAAGCCCCUCCCCCCAAUCCACGAUCUACAACCACCUCCCCUUGGUCACCUACCUGUCCAUGCAAAUACAUGCAGACACACACUAACACACACAAACACACACUCACCCCAGCAGCAGAGGAGCAGACGUGACCUGGAGCCUUGCUUGCUUCAAGAGGGAAUCAGCCUUUUUUUUUUCGUCAUACACACACGUCAAACCUGAGUAUUUCACGACUUCAGUGACUGGACAUAAGUGUGGCAACGUCUAACCCUAAAAAGGGAUUCAUUAGACACCUCCACCUCCCAUGAAGAGACUUGUAUAUACCUUCUAACUUUGGUGUAUUGUAAGCUUUGAGUAUGCUGUGAAUGGACUAUGGGGGAGGCGUUAGCCUGUAACCAGGGAUUAGCAGGUAGUGAAAUUCUCCAAGGAAACCGUCGAAAGCUGGCAUAUUACAAAGCAAAAACGAGAGACGGAAUGGAUUUGUGUCGUAGGAGCGCUCCAUUGUAAGUGUGUUAUUAUUAAGGAUGUUACAUGCACUGGCUGGUGGGCAAGAAGUAUGAUUAUUGUCAUUUUAGAUUUCUUCAAAUCCGUGACCAGCGUAAUGUCAAACAAUACCAGGGGCCAAUUUCUUAAACUUAGAAGUAAUUUCUUACUUUCCACUUUGCUAAAUUUGCACCAUUUGUUUUUCUCAGCAAGGAUAAUCUCCACGCAGGCUUUUCAUUUGUUUGAAAUUUCUGCUCGAUUCAUCUGUUUCUAAACAAGCAUAAUGUAUUGAUAUUUACACCUUGAGAGGGUUUAAAGGCAGAAGGUAGGAGAAAAUAGACCUGACAUGGAUGCACAGUAAGAUAAAUAUCAAGACUGGAUAUUUGUGUUUAUAGGCAAAAAAAAGCAUUCAGAUUUAUUCUUGGAAACAAGUUGACAAAAGUAUCAAAAGAAGUAGGUGUCUAGAGGUCGUAGGUCAUUUGGACUCUUGACUGGCUCACAGAAGAGCUGUGGAAUACACCUUGAGGACAUGCCACGUCCAGGUGUUCAGCAGCAGAGGCUGACGUGGAGUAGAACAUGAUUUCCCUCGCUUUAUUACCCAGCCCAACAACAAUGGCUCCGCCAUUUUGUUUUUUUGUUACCACGGCUAGAAACCCUGUCUAAGACCUGUGUUCAUCUGAGAGGGCCUGGCUACAGAAGAGGCUGGAGCCAGCCAGGAAGGAGACCACAACACUGUCCAGUCACAGGAACACAGCGUCUUCAAACAGAGAAGAGAACAGACGGAGACCUUCUACACUUCUACAUUCAGAAAUGUUGCGGAAAAAAAUACACCUGGCACUUAGCAAUGGUUAACGUACCUAAUGGUUGCUAUGGAAAUGUAUUUCUGUGCAAUUCAGAUGGCCCUUAGGUCACACAGGGAUGAAUUGGGUGGUGGUGGGACAGCCGUAGACAUAGCUGUCGUCAUUUUCUUUGUAAAACUUCUCACAAGAACAAAAACAUGCUAUAAAUUUGAGGUGUGUGGGGGGGGGGGUGAACUCCUUGAAUAAGCUAUGUAUCACAGAGAGUUUGUUUCAGCAUAUAUUUCACCAUCGGUGUCUUGGUUUUUCGUUUUUAAGAUGUCUGUUGAGCGCUGUGCCUGUUGUCUUCGUACUGUAACCCACAGCACAUGGUAGAAGGUUGGCGCUGAGCGCUGAAAACUAGGCUAACAACAACAUCCACAUCGCAAGGGUAUGUCCUACAACACAUUGUUUCUUUUUAUCACGCCUCAGUGCGUGGGCCCAUGUGGGACGCGUCCCAUGGACAUCACCCCAAGCUGGCUGACUGGAUCCCCCGUAUGAUGUUUCUAGACGCCUAUGAUGUCCUCCAACGCGUGACCGGUUAGGGGGCAGGGAGAGGAGCUUCAUGUGAGGUACACUGGACUGCCAUUGGACAGAUUUGGUGUGACUUCCUGUCAGAGCUUUAAUAACGUUGGCCCCUGCCCAGCUCCAGGGGCGGAGCUAUCCCCUCCCAGAGCAGAAGUAGAGCACAGACCUCCAAUGAAGCCACAGCGUCACCACCUCAGCCAACCAGAGAACCACAUUCACUUCUGGAAGGUAGGGAGUGAGACACAAUGGUUGGUUGUUCCUUCCAAUGGAGAAAAUAAAUGACAACGUCCACAUUUUUAUAUAGUACAUUAUAUGUGAUUGUGUACAAUUUGCUGAUACCCUGAUGGUGUCAAUGUAUGGGAUAUUUGGUAUUUGGCUUUCUCAAGACGGCAUGAAAUAAAAAUGUAUGAUUCACAUAGUUACCUCUGUUUUUGCGACUGUCGUGACAAACUCCACUCUGUUGUUUUAUCCUCUCACACUGAGACAAUAGUUCCUCUUUCUAUCAAACUUUUCUUUUAGUUAUGUUGUUGCCCAGGCACCACUACAUCAAGCAGUCAAUGUUGAAGCCAAGAUUCUCAAUGAGAAACUAUUAACGUCCAGUGGAAAAUGUACGUUAAGGUACUUCACAGAUGCGACUGGCUCUAGAUGGCAAAAGACAAUAAAACACACAAACAACAAGCUUGUUUGCUAAUCACCUGAAUGAACCUCAGAAGGGUUACUAGUCUGUCAUUCAAAAAACAUAACAUUGUUGGCAUUUUAGAUAACUUUUUAGUUGUUGUUGUUUUUGUACCAAAUGCCAAAUGCUGUUCAUCAGGUUUUGUACUUUUUAAUGUGCCCUUGUUUUGUUUAUGAUUAAUUUACAAUUUUCUUUUAACAGCUACAAUAUAGUUCAAAUGCAACGGUGGUAGACCAAGGGCUCAUCAUCUCCUGUAAUAAAUUCUCAUGAUGCUCAGCAGGCUAGUGUUACAUGCUUAGCCUGGGUUCCAUGGAAGAUUUUGGUUCAGUUCAAUAUUCAAACACACUUCUAUAUAUUAUAAUAUAUUUGUAUGUAUCGUCAUGAGGAUUUCUGCAGAUCAUGAAACAUACAGUAUGUAAAAAAUAUAAGAAAUGUGAGAAAUAUAUAAAGUUGGGAGAAUGACUAAGUUUCAUACUGUUUUGUCCUAUUCAUCUGUGGUAUUACUCCAUGAAAACAUUGUAGAAUUUCCGUUCAAUUUAGGGUAAAAAUGUUUGAAUGCAACAACAGUUAUGAGAGGGGCAAUAACUUCUUAUACCAGAAAGACAUAGAGAACUAUAUCUGUAAAAAUUAUAGAAGAAAAAAAAUUACCUUCUACAGUUGAUGUUUCAAAGGAAACAUUGACACAACAUCCACGAUGAUACUUGGAAGUCAUUUUUUUCAUUUACAGUAUCUGUAACUAUGUUAUGUACAGACGAGAUAGAUAUGAAAAACUGUGUAAAAUACAAUAUCACGCUGAACACGAGAUCAUUUUGGAGCCAUUGGUUGUAAUAGGGAUUUUUAACCAACGUUCUUCUUUAAUUGUCUGAAUGUUCUGGACAGCCUUUACUUCUCACAUCAUCAUUAAAUAAAGUGAGACAAUGAAAAUAA